AACCAACAAAUUAAUUAAUUACAAUUACACAGUGUGUUUAUUUAAUCUAUCAUUCAAUAUUUCUAUUGACUACACAAAAGUAUAAAAUAAUACUUAAAACAAAUAAACAAAACACUCUAAAUAAUAAAUUUACAGAAAACUUUUAUCAAAAUCGUUAAACACUAAAAUGACAUAUGGUGUAUGUCAAUACAACACAGAAAAUUCGGAAAAUUUUAAAUUUGUAAACAAACAUGGCAUACACAUCAUGUGGUACCCCGCUACAUUUUCACAAUCAAGACUGGGAAAUAACAAUUCAAAAGGGAGUAAUGCGUGUACUAUUAUAGCACUACUCAUGGCUACAAACAUAAAUAAAUCAAACAUUCGUGUCAAUUGUUUGUUCACCUCAUCGGCCAAAGACAGUCUCACUGAAUUGUUCUCAGACGCAAUACUAAACGGUAAUGCAAUCCACCAAAAUUUGUUCAAAAACAGUUGCUCAUCGCAAAAUACAAACUUAACUGUGCCAGAAGCAAUGAAAGCAGGAGAAUCAGCACUGGGAACCAUGGCUGAAUGGAAAAGUUCAGUUUAUUUUAACAACAUGGAAAUUAAUUUGUAUGCAGAGAUGAACCGGUAUAUAAUAGAAUGGUAUACAAACCCUCCGUGUUGUCAACCAAACAAUCUUUACAUAAUUCUUAUUGCUCACAACAAAGCAAUUUUAAUAGUAAUACAAUUGGACACAAACUCAGUAUUACUUAUUGAUUCUCAUCAACAUUCAUCACACGGAGCUUUGAUAUGUAAAUCUCGAAUAUCAAAAUUGGAAAACCUUUGUUUGUGGUAUUCAAGAAUGUUGUGUAAUUCAGCCGGGUCGAACCCUGAUGCAUACGAAUUAAGUUUUUUAUAUUUUAGAUGUAAAAAACGUAACAAUAAAAACAUGUGAUUUUAAAUA